AAAUCGGUCGGCAACAAAUUCGCCAUUUUCGUCAGCCUGUGCUUCACUCGUCGAGGUUGCAUUUUCGUUCGUGCGCGCCAGUAGUCAAAUUCUGUUGGGCUUGCCGGCGGGAAAUCUCUCAAGCUGAAAGAAGAAGCAACAGCACAUAAAACAUCGCCAUGGCUAACAAAGUGGAAGAAAUUCGAGGAUCGAUCGAGUCGUCGCUGAAGGACGAAUCGAAACCGUGGACACAAUUCUUCAAGCUUGCAGAGGAGAAAACGAACGUGCCGCGGCUAUACAUAUUUCUGGGUGGCGUGGCCGUCGUUAUUCUGUACCUUGCCUUCGGCUAUGGAGCUCAGAUCCUCUGCAACGUGAUUGGAGUGGCGUAUCCCGCUUACAUCUCGAUGAAAGCCAUCGAAACCCGCACGAAAGAGGAUGACACUAAAUGGUUAACGUACUGGGUAACGUUUGGCGUGCUGUCGGUGUUUGAGCACUUCUCCUUCUUCCUGGUUCAGAUCAUCCCGUUCUACUGGUUGCUGAAGUGCUUAUUCCACAUAUGGUGUAUGGUACCGAUGGAAAACAAUGGUUCCACGAUCAUGUACCACAAGGUUAUUCAGCCAUACUUCAAGAAAUACGAAAAAGGUGUGUGAAAUACGAAAAAGUUGCGGACAGCUUCAUUAGCGACACCACGGAUAAGCUGAAGCAGACGGCUGGAGAAAUGAUCUCGAAAGUCAAAUCAACCUAACUCGCACAUCCUGCUGCACUUCUCCCAACACUCACAACACACAUACACAUAGCUAUAAAGGACCCUCCCGACCUCUAAACCCUUUCGAUGACGGACGAUCGAAGUUUGCGACAUUAGAAAAACAACUGUUAGCAAAUGGACGUAGCAGAGGGAAUGAGCAAGACGAAAAAUUAUAUAAGUCAUUCGCCAUCGUGAAUAAGUAUA